CUAUCGUUGUCCAUCUUUGUAUCCUAGCAACCGAUGUGUUGCUCAGAGUCAGAUUAGUUAGCAGGCUGCAUCUGCUGCUGCUGGGCCAAGGACGCGGUUUUUGGGAGUAUUUCUGUUUAAUAAGGCUAUCAAUUAUCACUUUCCUCGAUGGAGAAUGUGCAUCUUGUCCCAGAGGAAGAGGAGGAUGAUUUGUAUACAGGCUACAAUGAUUACAAUCCCACUUUUGACUCAGAGGACCUUCACAAUGAUGUGGCCUUCCAGCAGGCUGUCAGGACAAGUCAUGGCAGGAGACCCCCAAUGACAGCAAAAUAUCCUGGCACUGCUAUUGGAGGGCGACCGAUUGGUACAGCUUAUGGGUCUCGAGUGCCUAUUGGCACUGCAAUGGGACGGCCAAUGACUGGAGCUGUUCAGGAUGGUGCAGCUCGUCCCAUGACUGCCGUUCGGGCCGCAGGAUAUUCUUCAUCAAUAGCUAGAGGCUCUGCGUUUGAUCCACUGGGACAGGCAAAAGGACCGGCUCCUCCAUUAGAGACAAAGAAUGAAGACACUCCAGAGGAAAAGAUAAAGAUCCUGGAAAAGAAGGUGAAUGAUUUGAUAGAGGAUAGCUGUCUUGCUCAUGCACGUGGAGAUCUUCAGGUGUCUCUAGAGAAAGCCAAAGAAGCAGGCAGGAAGGAAAGAGCUUUGGUGAGACAGAGAGAACAAACAGGCACUGCAGACCACAUCAAUCUGGAUCUGACAUACUCUGUGCUGUUUAAUUUAGCAAAUCAGUAUGCCAACAAUGACAUGUACACCGAGGCCUUGAACACUUACCAAGUCAUUGUGAAGAACAAAAUGUUCAAUAAUGCAGGGCGAUUAAAAGUGAACAUGGCAAAUAUAUAUUUCAAGCAAAAGAACUAUACAAAGGCUAUUAAAUUUUAUCGCAUGGCUUUGGAUCAGAUUUCAAAUGCCCACAAUGCAAUGAGGAUAAAGAUCAUGCAGAACAUUGGAGUUGUGUUCAUACACAUGGGCCAGUACUCAGACGCCAUCACAUCCUUUGAGUACAUCAUGACUGAGAGCCCUAACAUAAAGACAGGUUUCAACCUCAUCCUGUGCUACUAUGCCAUUGGAGACCGUGAGAGGAUGAAGAAAGCUUUUCAAAAACUCAUUUGUGUGCCCCUUGGAGUUGACGAUGAUGACAAGUAUAUCCCACCUAAUGACGACCCUCAUGCAAACAUGGUGAUUGAAGCUAUAAAGAAUGAUAAGCUUCACCAAAUGGAAAGAGAGAGGAAAGCACUUGCUGAAAAAUAUAUUAUGACCUCAGCCAAACUCAUUGCUCCAGCAAUCGAGAUGUCAUUUGCAGCUGGGUUUGACUGGUGUGUGGACAUGGUGAAGGGUUCCCAAUACGUGGAGCUUGCAAAUGACUUGGAGAUCAAUAAAGCCAUUACCUACCUAAGACAGAGAGACUUCAAACAGGCAGUUGAGACGCUAAAGAUGUUUGAGAAGAAGGACAGUCGAGUAAAAAGUGCAGCUGCCACUAAUCUUUCUUUUCUUUAUUUUUUGGAAAAAGAUUUUGACCAGGCUGACCGCUAUGCAGAGCUGGCCAUGAGCGCUGACCGCUACAACCCCGCAGCCCUCAUUAACAAAGGCAACACGUUGUUUGUGAAGGAGGACUAUGAGAAAGCAGCAGAGUUUUACAAGGAGUCUCUUCGUAAUGACUCAUCCUGCACUGAAGCACUCUACAACUUAGGUUUGACGUAUAAGAGGCUGGGUAGACUGGAGGAAGCUCUGGAUUGUUUUCUCAAACUGCAUGCCAUCCUCAGAAACAGUGCUCAGGUCAUGUACCAGCUGGCUAAUCUAUAUGAGAUGUUGGAGGACCCUCAUCAGGCCAUCGAGUGGCUAAUGCAGCUCACCAGUGUGACCCCUACAGAUGCACAGGUGCUGGCCAAACUCGGAGACCUCUAUGACAAUGAAGGAGACAAAUCUCAGGCCUUUCAGUAUUAUUAUGAGUCGUACAGGUAUUUUCCCUCAAACAUUAGUGUCAUUGAGUGGUUGGGUGCAUAUUACAUCGACACCCAGUUCUGUGAGAAAGCAAUUCAGUACUUUGAGAGAGCUACCCUAAUUCAGCCAACACAGGUGAAGUGGCAGCUUAUGGUGGCCAGCUGUUACAGGAGAAGUGGGAAUUAUCAGAAGGCACUUGAGACCUACAAGGAGAUCCAUCGCAAAUUUCCUGAAAAUGUUGAAUGUUUGCGAUUCCUGGUCCGGCUUUGCACAGAUAUGGGACUAAAAGAGGUGCAGGACUACGCCACCAAACUCAAGAAAGUUGAAAAAAUGAAGGAGAUCAGAGAGCAGAGGGUGAGGUCUGGAAGGGAUAGCAGUGCUCGAAGCCGCAGGGAAGGUAGCGCUGGCAGUGACAGUGGACAGAGCAACCAUGGCACCAGCGCCAAGAGUGAGAGGCUUAGCGUUAAACUGAAAACUCUUCCAGGAUCCAAUGAGCCGUAUGAAGCCAGUACUCAACAGGAAAUAGAUGCUUCUUAUGUCGAUCCAUUGGGGCCUCAAACACAGAGGCCAAAAACUGCAGCAAGGAAACGCAAUGAGGAGGAUGAGUUUGCUGAUGAAGAGCUGGGAGAUGAUUUACUGCCUGAGUGAGGAGAGCAGCAGGAGUCCAGUGGAAACAAUGAUCCAUCUUUAGAAAGUGCUUUCGUCUUCAUUGUCAGCUUAAACAACAGUACGGUAGCUUAAAAAAUACUUUCAUUUCAAUAUGCUGAACUAUAUUUGAUCAGAGAAGGCAUUAUCUUUAUAUAAUUCUAUUUAAGAAAUACACUACUCAUCCUGAAUUAUUUAUUUCAUCUGUUAGUUGUAUUGUAAAGAUAUAAACCUUUGUAUGACUGAAUUGUGAAAUAUUAAAAAGAAUGGUUGUAG